AUGCACUUGAAGCUGGGGGCUAGCUUGGCCAUCCUGGCUGCCAGCCAUGUGACAGCUGUCUCACAGAUCACAGAUGAUGAGAUGAGCUCACUGCUCAAUGCAGGCGGCGUUGAUCUAGCAGACCGCUAUGCACCCAUAUGGUUCUUUGGCCAAGCCCAGAAGCAGCCACCUUGCUAUCCAACCUGGGCAUAUGGCGGCUCACCAAACACAGCAGAUGUUUAUGAUGAGGCCUACAAGACACCGGCUGCACCUCAGUGUGAGUACCCAAAUGUGGGAUGCAAUUGCCGCAAUCCUGGUGUUGGUAUCGGGAAUCCGGGACCUCAAUUUCCCGUCUAUUAUACAUACCAAAGAUGCAGCGAUACCGAGGUGCGCGUAGCGUAUAAUCUCUUCUAUGAGAAGGACGGCGCAAAUUUUGGAAGCAUCAAGACUGGACAUAACUACGACUGGGAGCGAGUGAUAAUUAUCCACUCUCGGGAUACCAGCAGCAUGUGGGCGCCAUCACGCGCCCUGCUCUCUGCUCAUAGUGGAUAUCACAACCUGGCCUGGGGUGAUAUUCAAAACACCCUGACCACUGAGGAGGUCAACGCCGGAAAUGCCAACGACCCGAAUGGUGUGCGGAAUAAUGACCAUCCCAAGGUGUAUGUGUCGUGGUCGAAGCAUGCUCACUUCGAUACUCGUAAUACCGGCUGGAACGACGUGGCGAGUCAAUCGCUGGAAAAUGCAUUCCGGAGCAAUGAUUGGUGGUACUUUGUCGAGCCACAGUACUAUAUCCGAGCCGAUGGUAGCACGGAGGCUGGUAGUGUUAUUGGGGCUACUGAUUGGGGUAGCGCAAGUAGUGACCCAGUGUCAGUACAUGCUGGUAUUUGCCAGGCUGCAUAG